AUGGCAUCCAUAACUCCGUUGCAAAAGCUCUCCAUUUUCCAGCACAACACCACCAGCCCUGUCGAAAGCAAGGCGAUGAAUGAUGCCUUUGCAUUGUUCUCAUUCUUACCUGCAGAACUGCGGGUCAAAAUUUGGAGGACCUCUCUACAACGCCAACGAAUCAUCCAGGUGGUGCUCACACCACUCCACGAAGCCAAAAGCCGCUACGUCAUCGAGAGCAACAUCGACACGCCAAAUGGCGAGGAGUUCAUCGCUGAAGUUGGCGGUGUCAAAACCAUCAGCAAGCUGAUGCGCGUCAACAGGGAAGCUAGGCAUGAAGCACUGCUGUUCUAUCGCGUACACCUUCCUUGCAGAUUCAUCAAACCCUGGGAGAUCAAAGCCCAACCAGUCGCCCACCCCCAUGGGGUCCUUUACUUCAACCCUGAACACGACUUCCUCCACAUUUUCCACACCAAAGGCAACGACCGGGAGAACCCGGCUUCUCUUGUGACGCCGUCGAAUUUCCUCUACCAUCUCAAAACAACUUAUGACCGCCGACAUGUCGGCUUGCUCAACCUCGCACUUGACAGAGACCCAGCCAAGGCGGACUGGAGGGCCGGCGCGGUGCGGUUUGACGCCUCUUUUGAGGCGUCCAAGCUUGUUCCAAAAGUCAGGAAGGCCUUGAAACAAACACUUGCCCAACUGAGGGAGGUUUUCUUCGUUUUCCGCACGCCUGUCGUCCGAGAUGGUGACCGGCCUGACGAGGAUCAGUUCGGAUUGCUUCAUGAUAGCCCUCUGCCCAUCUGGUCAGCGUCCCCUGGCUUUGACCGUAUCGCCCACGAUCCGCGCCCUGGUGUCCUUGAUGCUCUGAGAGAGAACGCAAGCUUCUACUGGUUCGGUCUCGACAGCACGCUCAACGACUGGAAUCGCCUUCUCGAUGUGCUCGGGGUGCCGUCGUUGGGGUCGAACCCGCCUCCCCGGACUCGGUAUUCGUGCGGCUUGACAUACUCGGUCGACAGCUCUCUGACGUGGGAGUCUUUUGUGAGGGAGGCAGUGCCAAAGCCGCAGAACUACGUGUUUGAUGUCGAGACGGCGCAGAACUAUCUCAGUUUGCAGCAGAAGAGAGCUGGGGGUGCGAGUGCUGCUGGGUGGAUGCCGACGUUCGGGUUCUGGUUGUUCCGGUUGCCCGAGGGGAUUGAGCAUAUCUCUCGGUUUCGCAACAGUUACCAUGAUGGUCAGGGCCGUCUGCUGCUGCGCCAGUCUAUGCCGGACUUGACAAAGGUUUGGCCGGAGCUCCUGGUUUCGAAUUUGUAG